AUGUCCUCCUCUGUAGCAGGACUUGGUACCGAGAUUGUUGGAGUUAUCAAUAAGCUCCAAGAUGUAUUCACCUCUAUUGGCACGCAAGCACAGGGGAACAUAGAUUUACCCCAAAUAUGUGUUCUUGGUAGUCAGAGUAGCGGGAAGAGUAGUGUUCUGGAGAACAUAGUCGGUCGCGAUUUCCUGCCUCGUGGUACAGGCAUUGUUACUCGACGCCCCUUGGUUUUACAACUUAUCAAUAGAAGUGCCGGAAGUAAUGCCACGAAUGGAAUCGACCGAACAAACGACGCCAAAGCUAACGCGGAUGAAUGGGGUGAAUUUCUUCAUCUUCCCGGCGAGAAAUUUUAUGACUUCCACAAAAUUCGCGACGAGAUCAUCCGGGAUACAGAAGCAAAGACGGGCAAGAAUGCAGGCAUCUCCCCCCAGCCCAUAAAUCUGCGUAUCUACUCUCCCAAUGUUCUCACCCUCACCCUUGUCGAUCUUCCUGGGUUGACAAAGGUACCAGUUGGUGACCAGCCUCGCGACAUUGAGAAGCAGAUUCGUGAGAUGUUGAUGAAAUAUAUCUCUAAACCUGCUUGUAUUAUUCUUGCCGUUACCGCUGCCAAUACAGAUCUGGCCAAUUCGGAUGGUCUGAAGAUGGCUCGUGAGGUGGAUCCCGAAGGAACGAGGACAAUUGGUGUUCUGACAAAAGUUGAUUUGAUGGACAAAGGAACAGAUGUAGUUGAUAUUCUUGCCGGACGAAUUAUCCCUCUCCGAUUGGGCUACGUUCCAGUCGUCAACAGAGGUCAACGCGACAUCGAACAGAACAAAGCCAUCAGUGCCGCCCUCGAAAAUGAGAGAGAGUUCUUCGAGAACCACCCAUCGUAUAAAGGCAAAGCCCAAUUCUGCGGUACACCAUUCUUAGCAAGGAAGCUCAACAUGAUCCUCAUGCACCAUAUUCGAGCUACCCUCCCUGACAUCAAAGCACGCAUCCAGCAAAAUCUUCAGAAGUAUAACGCGGAAUUGAUGUCUCUAGGAGGCCCUAUGGGUGAUGGAAACUCAGGAAACAUUGUGCUUUCAGUGAUAACUGAAUUUACAUCCGAGUUCCGUACAACGAUUGACGGUAAUAGCAACGAAUUAUCGUCAAAUGAGCUAUCAGGAGGAGCCAGAAUCAGUUUUGUCUUCCACGAGUUGUUUAACAAUGGCAUUAAGAGCAUCGAUCCAUUCGACCAGGUCAAGGAUGGUGAUAUCAGGACCAUUCUUUACAACUCUUCUGGUUCAACGCCAGCAUUGUUUGUUGGAACUCAAGCUUUCGAGGUCAUUGUCAAGCAGCAGAUCAAACGUUUAGAAGAGCCUAGUUUGAAGUGCUGUCAGUUGGUUUACGACGAGCUUAUUCGAAUUCUCGGCCAGCUUCUUACGAAAGUGCAAGCAUUCCGGAGGUAUCCUGCCCUGAGGGAGCGUUUCAACGCUGUUGUUGUCAAUUUCUUCAAGACGGCGAUGAAUCCUACGAAUAAACUGGUGCAAGAUAUGGUUGCGUACGUGAUUACAUCCUUACCUGUGAACCCGGCUCAUGAACACUCUUUAGCAUGCAAGCUUGCUACGUUAACACAACGCAUCCCGAUUUCAUUGGCGGCCACAAGGCACGCCACUGCCUUAGUCAAUGACCGUAUCAACGCGAGCAAACCUCCACCGGCUGCUGCUGACCCCAAGAACCCAAGGGCGAGUGUCAACAACAACAAGGAUCUCGAUGUUGAUAUCAAGAAGGAGGAGACUGGCUUCUUCGGUUCAUUCUUCGCUCCCAAAGCUGGUCCGAAGAAGAAGGGCGUCGCCGCUAUGGAUGCACCUCCUCCCACCAUCCGGCCACAGAGUGCGUUGAAUGAACGCGAGACCAUGGAAACUGAGGUCAUCAAACUAUUGAUCCACUCAUAUUUCAAUAUCGUGAAACGGGAGAUGAUUGAUAUGGUGCCAAAAGCAAUAUCCCUAACGCUUGUUAACCACUCCAAGGAGAAUUUGCAGCGAGAGCUUCUACAAGAGCUCUACAAACCUGAUGUGCUGGAUGAGCUCCUGAAGGAGAGUGACUAUGUCGUCAGCCGGAGAAAGGAGCUGCUACAAAUGGUGGCUGCGCUCAACAAGGCAGAGGAGAUCGUGGCGGGUGUUUAA